ACUGUUAACAGUAGGCCGAGUACUUUCGGGCAAAUUGACGGGAAUUUAAACAAUAAUGUCGGCCCACAGCGGCGGAACGGAUUGGAACUCCGUAGUAAAAGCUCUGCUGCUAAACCGCACAGGAGCCCUCAACAAGAACGAAGUAGUUAACCUGCUAAAAGCGAUCACGCGAUGCGAACAUGAUUUUUUCGAGGAGGAAAGCAAUUUCACGCAGUUUUACACGGCCUUUGCGGCCCUGGCGGCUGACAAACUUAUGCAAAUCAAGACGAUUUGCCAGACGCAGAUUUGUCAGCUGCACGAUGCCACCGCCGUGCUCAUCCGCUUCAUCAUCUACAGGCUGCCCAGGGUGUCGGUGUACGAGACCAAGUGGCUCCUGGGCGCCCUCAAGAUGCUCUGCGAGGGCCGCGAGAGUCCGCCGUCCACAUCGUCGGCCAUGUUCGACUACAAUGCGGUGGCCAAUGUCCUGAAGAGCUGCAAGCACCCGGAGUCGACCACCAAGAGCAUCCUGCCCAGCAGCAGUUCCUCCGGCAGCGGAGCGAGCAACGACAAGGAGUCGCCCAAGUCGGAGAUCAAGCGAUCCCGGUCGGACCUGUCCUCGGUUAUCCUGCAGCAAUUGAUUGCCCCACUGGAGCCAGGCAAAAUGACCUGGGUUCCGCUCAGCGAAGAGGUCACCGACUGCACAGACCAACUGCUUGCGGCCAAUGUGGAGUACUUCCAGGAGCAAAACGGAGUUGAUACCUUGCUGGACGUGUGUGUUGGCCUGCCCAUCCUGAAUCGUUACCGUUCAAAAUAUUUGGAGACCAUCAACGGUGGCAAGCCGCUCUAUUUGCCCCUGACGCAAGUGGAGGCCACCACUGUUAAAUCGAGCAUGAAUCACAUGCUCACUGAUCUCACCAUUUUGAGUCAGGCGCAUGCCUUGAUUGUGCUGCAGCCACUGACUCCCAGUCGCAUUGAAAGGCUUUCGAUGUGCGGCAUUGCUGCCCUGUACAAUGCUGUCCUCACAUCGAUAGCCACCAGUGUACUGGGAAUGAGCCAAGCAGGCAGCUCCCAGAAGCAGCAGACUGCAUCCACUAGUCAAGGCAGCGGCGGAGGAGGAGGUUCUAGUUCCGGGCCAACCAACAAGGACCACGACGACUUCGAGGAGCAGGCCUGCAGCAUAGUGAACAAGGCCUUGGAGAUCUACUCCAACAUUGGCGAUAUGUUUAAGGCGUCGGCCAGGAUUCAUGUGUAUCAGAACCAUCUCUGCUACGGCAGCUGGCUGUUGAUAAGCGGCAUCCAAGGAGCGAUGGGCGCCUCCGGUAGUGGUGGAUCCAGUUUGGAGACUGCAUCCAAAUCGACUAACAAAGCCGCCAAGACGGGAAGUGAGGCUGGAACCGCUCCCACCACUCCAAUUGCCAGAGUCAAUCUGUUCAAAGUUCAGCAAGGAUUCGGGGAACUUAACGCGGCCAUUGCCAACCACAGCAUUAAACUGCUUUCCGAGUUAAUUGAAGAUCUGAAGAUUGAAUCCGCCUGCGGACAGAGUCCUGAAUCUUCCGAGCUGCCGGAGCCCGCACAGUUCGACAUCUUGCAGAACUACAGUUCGCUGGAGAGGAUUGUGCGAGUGCUCAACACGGCCACUCUCCACCAGCUAUUCACUUUUCUGGCCACCGUGGCCUAUCGCAAGGCAUGCACCUUGAGACGCGCCUCGGCCAAGGAUCGCACCGAAUGUGAACCCAUUAGCUACUCGGAUUCAACUACCUACUUUAACGAUUCUCUUUCCUGCUCCGACAACUCGGAGGAGGACGACAGCGAGAGCUACCUGGGCCACUGGUUUAAGGAGACUCUUUCCCCCGAAACACAUGACGACAAUGCAAAUACAUCCACACAAGAGCGUGGCGAACAGAAGAGCGCCCUUGUGCCCAAGCUGGAUGAGCCACAUGAGUAUUUAGAUUUGGCGGCGGAUAUAUUCUGUUUUCUGGACCAAUUUCUGGCCAAUCGGCACGCUUACAUGCAGCGCUAUGUGAAGGCGGGAGUCAGUGAUCAGCAAAUGCUGUUGAUGGCCAAUAUAAUCAAGGACUUUGACCGCGAUGUCAUGCGAAAUGAGAGCGAACAGGGCUCGGGAAGUGCACAGACUGCUAAUGCGGCAGCAGGAUCCUCUGCGGUGGCCACUACCAAGUGGCAGACAUCGAUGAUACGCUUUUCGGGCGCUGCAGGACGCUAUAUACACAAUUUGAUAUCCACCUCGCUGCUUUCCGAGCAAUUGCAGUCGAAUCUUUUGCAGCACUUGUCCAUAUCGCCAUGGUCCACGGAUACAAACACCUGGCCCCUGCAGGUCUAUCCAAGCACCUUGUCCGUGCUCGUGCAAAUCCUGUUGCUAAAGCCCACGCAGGAGAAAGAGGCCGCCUGCCUGUCUGUUUGGCAUCGCCUGAUCAACACUCUGGUUGAGGGCGUCUGCUCCUGGAGCGCCGCCACUGAUUCGGACUACGAAGACUUGAAUAUAGAGCACGCCCAACUGUUGCUUUUCCUAUUCCACUCGCUGAAUCUGAUGCAAAAGAAAUCCAUUCUGCUGUUGACGGCCGGAGGAGUUAUCCGUUGUGCGGAAGUUUGCCGUGGAAUUAGCGGCGAUAGACCCGUAAGAAACAGCCAAAUGAUGCUCUUGUCACGCUUGCUUUUGUUUUUGGAGUAUCUCAUGAAGCAUUUGUACAAUGCUCCUCCCGAGUUGCUCGACCAGGUACGCUGGAAUCUGUUCAGCGUAAGCAGCAUGCCGGAAAGCCAAAAGAUCACGGAUCUUCUCAACAGUCGAACCAAAUUGAAUUCCUAUUGCCGUCAGGAUAUUGAGGAGAAGUUCCGCAAGUCGGCUGGUGAAUAUGGAUCAGCUAUACGCCCGACAUUUUAUUCCCUGGUUAUGGGCGAUCCGGACAAACCUUAUUGGGCGCAGGAGUUCAAGUUGGAUGGCUUGGCCUGGAACUUUAUUCUUUGCACACCGGACAAGCUCAAGUAUCCGUUACUGGUGGAUGCCCUCACUGACAUACUCUCCAUCACCGACAUGUCGGUAUAUUCAAAGGAAAAAGAGAAGGAAGCCAGCAUGCACAACUUGUGCGCUAUGCAGUACUGCUUUAGCAUUGCAUGGAAGCUGGUUUUAGGUCUGCCGCCCUCUACCUCGCACGUGGAGUCCUUGAAGGUCGAACGGUCGCCCAAUCUGCAUUCGCUGAUCUGGAGCAUUCGCUGCCCACUGGCUAGUUCGCACUACCUGGUGGUGAACAGUCUUAUCAAGCAGGGAAUGUACACCCAGUACGCCGAGACGUUGUGGAAUCAAGUGGGCGAUAUAGCGGCCGAUAUGAAAUACAGUCUGAAGCAAACCAUCCUCGGUGUGGAAGCGUUUAAUAGUCAGAUGAACGGAAAUGGAUCUCCCAGGCUCUCUGAUCUCAUCCUUUUCGAUUCCUUGGUGGCCCACAUGCAGGCGGUGGCCUGGGCAAACAAGGAGGGCUUCAAGUGGCCGCGAAAAGAGAGCGAAGAUGCUGCCAGCGAGCAGUCCUCUACAACGGGUACUUCUUUAACCACCUCUUCCAACGACCCCGAACUGUAUUCUUCGAACGAGUCAAUCGAUGAGCAAAAGUCAAAGCACGAAGAGGAGGGUAAGCUGCCCAGUGAUCUGCAGAAACAUAACCAGCUGGUCAACGAGCUUAUUAUAAAGCUAAUGAAUUCCUACCGCCUGCUUUCGGUUAUUGUGCGUGGGCAGAUGCUGAAGCAAUUGUCAAGCUCGACACCUGAGCAAGCAUUGAAUCUGAUUGUGCCCAUUGUAAGCGAUAAGCCAGCAAUUAUGUUGGAACUUCAUGCGGCUUUUCUGAAACUGCUGCCCAAUGAGGACAAACAACUGAUAGCCAAUGAAUGGCCCAAGUGCCUGAUGGUCAACGAUGCAGCCUUUGAUGGCAAGCAACAUCCAGUGGAGCCGUACACCUUGAACGUCAUAGAUGCGCAUAUAAUAGAGCUAACCCGCGGAGCCAAUUACUCCACCCUGCACACUCUGAAGCACUGCUUGAAGUCAAUCCUGCAUUUGUUCGAACUUCUUCUGCCGCAUUGCACCGGCAACGCAGAGGUGGAGGCGCAGCUGAAGCAAUUGCUGAUUGCCUCCAUGCUGGACAUGCGAACUGAUUACCUGCAAGGGCAGAGCGAACAAUGCCUGCGGGAGAUCCUCAGCGGUUUGACGCUAGAGGCCCAGAAACUGCUGCUCUACGAGCACAUGAUUGGAUAUUGCUAUCGAAUGCUUAAGGAUUUUGCAGCCGAUCUUCGGCAGCCACAAGCUAACAGCGGUGCUCCUGUAGAUCAGGAUCGUGCCAUGUUUAACGAGUCCAUGCUGUUUGCCGUGCUCAAGACCAUGAUCAAGAUGCUGGAAAAGCCCGUGGCUGUGCAGGCCAUGCGGCAGUUCUUCAAGGAUCAGCACACUGGCAGCCUCACCACACUUCUCCUCUCCUUUACCGGCACCAGUUUGCCCGUCAGCUAUGCGCGCAAGAUGCUGCAGUUCAUUGAACGCCUUUUCCAGCAGUCAUUGCAACCAGAUUCCCAGUUUCCGCACGAGGAUCUGGUUGAGUGCUUCUCAGAACUGGCCACCGUGGAUGUGGCUCGUUUGAAGCUCUGGUUGGCCCACAUCAUCUAUGGCCCCAAUGUGAGCACAGAUGUUAGCACCUCGGAGGCCUUGGACACCACCUGCCGCAUGCUGACCAGCAUUUUGCAACCAUCGAGCAGCUCCAGCAGCAAUGCUCAGACUCCAACGAAUAUGGCCACCGUUUCGGCUAUGCCGAGUAUCUCCGAUCAGUUGGAUCCCAUGGACAUUGACUACGAUUGUGGGACUGCAGCGGGCGGAGGAGGAGAGAGCGCCGCAGGAGCAGGCGGAGCUGCAGCCAAUACAUCGCAAAUUCUAAGCUUGUGGCAAGCGGCCCAACCAAAUCCCUCAGAGGAUUCCUCGCAGGCUUGCGAUCACAGUGGAAGCGAACGAAAUGGGGCACUCCUUCUAAGCUUCGUUAAAUCCCUGGUGAAAGAUCAGAGCAAGGCAGCGCAGAUAGCUCCACCAUUGUUCCAAGCAUUGCUGCAGCUGGGACAAACUUUAAUUUCCCCGCCCCAAGAUGGCUGCGAUUUUGCGGAUGUACUACAGAUAAUGAUUACUCUGGCGGAUGCCAGUCCCGCCCGUGGACAUGUGGCCCUUUUUAAUACCACGCUACUUUGGCUGGAAUUGGCCAAGUUGCAAUUACCCGACAAGCAUCUAAAACAUGCGGAGAAUGUUAGCGCCCAGCUGCGCUAUCUUAGCGAACUACUGCAAAGCAUAGGCUACCGCGGCAGUCGGCAACACAUUCCCCCUUGGGACGAUGAGCUUCAGACCGAUAUCGAUGAUCUGUACGACGAGCUGGCCGAGGAGGGCGAGCAAGACUCGCUGCUGGACGACUCCGACGAGGACACUUUGAACAACAAGCUGUGCACCUUCUCGCAAACACAAAAGGAGUUCAUGAACCAACAUUGGUACCACUGUCACACCUGCAACAUGAUCAACACCGUUGGCGUUUGCUCCGUUUGCGCAAGGGUUUGCCAUAAGGGACACGAUGUGAGCUAUGCCAAGUAUGGAAACUUCUUCUGCGACUGUGGGGCCAAGGAGGAUGGUUCCUGCCAGGCGUUGAGCCGUCGGCUUGGCAGCAGUGAGGUCAGGGAUUCAUCCGGAAUAGGUAGCUGCUAUCUACCGUCGCACAUGAGCUUGCUGGCUGGCAAGAAGAGGAGCAGCCCACCGGUUAGCCAACCUAUAGCUGCUCGAAAGGAUUCCCUGACUAGCGAACGCAUCAUGGUGCUUAGCAAGCUAUUGGAACCCUAUCGCGAGACUUUGCAGCACCAGGAUCAGUGGCUGCUGGUCGUAAGAUGCAUCCUGGAGUACUUUGACGUCUUGCUGCCAUCGAUAAGGGAAAACUGUACCCUUUACUCCAUUGUUGGCUGCCACAAGCGGGCAACGGCUGCCUUGGAGCGACUCCACCAGCUUGAGCAGAGCUUCCAGGUGACGGAUCAACUUAUGUUCGCCACGCUGGGCUCGCAAGAGGGUGCAUUCGAGAAUGUGCGCAUGAAUUACUCUGGCGAUCAGGGUCAGACGAUAAAGCAUCUGAUAUCCUCUGGAGUGGUGCGUCGUGUGGCAUUCUGUUGCCUGUCAUCGCCACAUGGACGUCGUCAGCAGUUGGCUGUGUCCCAUGAGAAGGGAAAGGUGACCAUCCUUCAACUCUCGGCGCUGCUUAAGCAGGCUGAUGCCUCCAAGAGAAAGUUGACUCUAACCCAAUUGAGUUCUGCACCCAUCGCCUGUACGGUUCUCUCGUUGGCCGCAAAUCCCUGCAAUGAGGAUUGCCUGGCCGUUUGUGGUUUAAAGGAGUGUCAUGUGCUCACCUUUUCAAGCAGUGGCAGUACCAACGAACACAUUGUUGUGAGUCCCCAACUGGAGAAUGGAAACUAUAUAAAGAAAGCUGUUUGGUUACCUGGAUCCCAAACCCUUCUUGCCAUCGUCACUUCUGAUUAUGUGAAGAUUUACGACUUGGCAGUGGAUACAUACAGCCCGAAGUACUAUUACCUAGUGGCCGUCGGCAAGAUUAGAGAUUGCACCUUUAUGUACCAAGAUGGCAACUACUAUAUGCUGAGUUUCGCCAGCAGUGGUUACAUUUACACUCAGCAGUUGGAUCAGCAAAGCCUGGCGAUCCAUGGCGAUUUCUACGUGACCAACACCUUGGAGCUGAGCCACCAACACAUCAAGGAUAUAAGCGGUCAAGUUGGCGGCGGUGGUGUGUCGAUCUACUACUCCCACACUCUUCAACUGCUCUUCUACAGCUACUCCUCCGGCAGAAGCUUCUUUUCACCACUCACCAAUGUGAAUGAUGGCGUGCGGGGAAUCUACCACCUGGACACCAAUUCGGUCAGCAAGUCUGCCUCGAAGGGACCACUCCAGCCGCUGGUCCAGUGGACAGAGGUGACGGGUCACCCGGGAUUGGUUUACGCCAGCAUGCAGACAUCGAAUAACCCGAUUAUUUUGAUGAUCACGCCCGAGAUGAUUUACCUGCAAGAGAUCAAGGCGCAGUCGGCGAAAUCGCGGAUCAUGGACGUUGUGGGCAUCCGUCAUGCCGUGGCCGGUGUGGAGAAAACCACGCUCCUGCUGCUCUGCGAGGACGGUAGCCUGAGGAUCUUUUCCGCACAACCGGAACACACUAGCUUCUGGCUCUCACCGCAGGUUCAACCAUUCGGUAAUCAGCUGUACUCAUCCACCUUGAUGGCAAAGGGUGGUGGUUCCAGUUCGGCCCCCAAAUCAAAGACAAAUGCGGCAAAUGGAAAGCUGAACAACAGGAAGGCAAGUCAACAGCAGAAACAACUGACGGCUGGAGGUCAGCCCGUGUUCCCAAUUGACUUUUUCGAGCACUGCAAUAUGCUGGCCGAUGUGGAAUUCGGAGGCAAUGAUCUGCUCCAGAUUUACAACAAACAAAAGCUGAAGACACGUCUGUUCUCAACGGGCAUGUUUGUGGCCAGCACUCGUGCAAAUGGCUUCACCCUGGAGGUGAUAAACAACGAUCCCAAUGUGGUGAUCGUGGGAAUAAGAGUGUUGAUUGGAACUCAGGAUGUUCAGCGAGCUCCGCUUUCGGUCACCAUCUUGGGACGCACAGUUCCAACGCCAGUGAGAAGGGCCCGCUGGUUCGACAUCCCGCUGACGCGCGAGGAGAUGUUCCAGUCGGACAAGCUGUUGAAAGUGGUAUUCGCCAAAUCCCAGGACCCCGAGCAUGUGACACUACUCGACUGCAUCGAGGUCUAUGGCAAGUCCAAAGAGCUGGUGGGCUGGCCCGACGAAAGCGAGGAUGUCACUGCAGCAGGAUCUAGUGCUCCACCAGUAUCUUCUUCCCAGACAAGUUGCGCCAACUUUGGCGAGGGAUUCAACUGUAUUACUCAAUUGGACCGAAUGGUCAAUCACCUUUUGGAGGUAAUGGACUGUGCGCUUCACCUAUUGGGAUCUGGAGUGCCAGCUGCCAUCCGGCAAAAGGCAGUGAAGACAGCCAGUGCUCUUUUGCUUCUGCCCACGCCUAAUCCUGUCCAGACGCAGGCCCGCUAUGUGCUGGCCACGCUCUAUGGAACCCGAGCCGCGUAUCACAACUACAAGGAUGGAGUUCUACUGCAGUUUGUUCAUGGAGAACUGCAGGCUAUGCAGCCAAAGCUCGAGAAGCUGGAAUCUCUGCAGGAGAUCGAUCCUGAGGCUUUCUACCGCCUAAUUCUCCUGGUUCGCGGCAUUGCCAACUCGCGACCACAGUCGCUGGCUAAGAUCUGCGCGGAGAACAAUUACGAUAUUGUGCCCACCCUCAUGGGAUUCGUCUUGGAGCUGCACAAGGUCACGCCGGCGCUGGAUGAGCCCAUGAAUAUUGUGAAGAGGGGAUUGUGUCAGGCCGAGACCAUUGUACAUUGUCUCGUGGAGAUUAUGUACGGAUUUGCCUUGGCCGAUCCCGGACAGGUUGGUCGCAUGACCAAGUACUUUAUUGAUUUGCUCAAACACGAUGCCAGUGUGAUUAGCCACAGCGCCAAGGAGGCGUUGAUCCUGCUGCUAAGUCCGAGAUUAAAGCGCAGGAAGGUGGCCAUAGUUACACCGCCCGCUUGUUCCACACCUACUCCAUCCACCUCUACGAUGCGGGCGCUGCAAGCGGUGGCUGCCUCGGCUGCUAGUGAUAUCAUCGAGGAAGCGGCGGCCGUUGCUGUGGAUGCUGCCGUCGGCGGUGGUGGUGGACUACCCGACCCGAAUCCUGAAGCGGAGGGAGGAGUAGUGGGUGUAGGAGGAGGAGGAGGAGUGGGUCAGCAGCAGAUACUCAAUCUGGAGGCCUUCAUGGGUGGCGGCUUCCCUCGGCUACUCGGUCUCCCCGAAGAUGCCGACGAUGAAGCCAUCAUGGACAUUGCCAUCGCCUUGAGCCUACAACAGCACGGUGGUGAUGCCAACGCCUUGCAGUCUCUUCAACAAGGAUUGGCCAAUCUUCAGGGCAUUCGUCAGGCUGCAGCCAUGGCAGCAGCUUCGAACGCGGCGGCCAGCGUCUCCGCCGGUGGUUCGGAUGACGAUGAAGGCUCAAAUGUAGCCACCGAUGGAUCAACAUUGCGCACUUCACCUGCAGAGCCUGCCGGAAGUGGAGGAUCAGAGAGUGGAGGCAGUGGGGUGGAGAGUAUUGGCGGUACAUCCGCCAGGAGCAGUAACUUUGGAGACCAUGCGAAUGCUUCUCCUCCGCGUCAGGGUUCCGCCAAGGAUGAUCAAGAGCAACCGGGUCCCAGUGGCUUGGGUGGCUCCGGUGGUGGUGUCGCCGGCCUAAGUGCCAUGAGCAGCAGUGAGGAUAACGAGAUCAACGAGGACGAUAAGCUCAGCAAGCUGCACGAUCUAAGGAUUGCUGUGCUGGAGAGCAUUAUCCAACAUCUGGGAACUUUUGAUCUGUGCAAUGGGCUACAGGCCAUACCGCUCAUACAGGUGAUACUCAUGCUGACUACCGAUCUUAACGGCAACAAUGAGCGGGAUCAGCAGGUGCUGCAAGAUCUGCUCACCGCUUUGGUGGACUAUGUGGAAAUUGGCAAGCGAGGAGCGGCCUCAAGGAUGGAAACCAAGUGUCCUGGCAAUGAAGUGCGCCUGGCGUUGCUCUCCCUAUUUGGAGUGAUGAUGGGCAAGACUAAGUCAAAGCAGACUGGAACCACAUCGCCACCGCAUCAGUUCAAGGACAACAGUUCCUUUGUGGCCAGUACUACGGCCAAUGUGCUCAGCAAGAGUGGAGCGUUUGUUUACGCUUUAGAGGCGUUGAACACGCUUCUGUUGCACUGGAAGAAUGUGCUAGGAGAUCCCUAUGCAGCGGGUGGUGGAGUGGGAGCGUUGCAGUCUGCUCAACCCAGCGGCGGAUCUUCAGGUCCUGGCGUUCAGCUACUGAAGCCCAUUAAGCAUGGCCCCAAGCCCGACAUAUCCAUACUGAUACCACACAACUAUCUGAAGAACUACCCGGAUAUCUUCGAGUCGUACGAUGGUCUGCUCACUGAGAUUAUUGUGCGAUUACCCUACCAGAUACUUCGCUUAAGUAGCGCCCAUCCGGAUAACUACGACAGUGGAUUCUGCGAAGCCAUGACCUUUACGCUGUGCGAGUACAUGAUGCUCAACCUGAACACUCUGCUUCGGCGGCAAGUGAGGAAGCUACUCAUGUACAUCUGCGGAAGCAAGGAGAAGUUCCGCAUGUAUCGGGACGGUCACUCGCUGGACGCUCACUUCCGGGUUGUCAAAAGGGUGUGCAACAUUGUCAGCAGCAAGACUGGUGCUCCCUACAACGCGAAUCCUCCUCUACUGACUUACGAUUCACUCGUGGAGCUUACAGAACACCUGCGUACUUGCCAGGAGAUCAGCCAGAUGCGCACGGGCAACUGGCAAAAGUUCUGCGUCGUCCACGAAGAUGCACUAGCCAUGCUGAUGGAAAUCGCCUGUUACCAGUUGGAUGAUGGCGUGUCCCCCAUUAUUAUACAAUUGCUUCAGGCGGCUGUUUGCAAUUUACCCGCUCCCAAUGGAUCUAAGCAGGCGCAGCCGCAGCCAUCGACCUCCUCUUCAUCUGGAAAACUCCGCACAGAUCGGGAGAAAAGCGAGGACACAGACGCCUACUACUCCAAGUUCGAUCCUGCCCAGUGUGGGACAUUUGUGCACCAGAUCUUUAGGUAUGCUUGCGAUGCCCUGAUCAUCCGGUUCGUGAGGAUCUUCCUGCUGGAAAACAACAUUAGCCAGCUGAGAUGGCAGGCACACUCUUUUAUGACCGGACUUUUUGAGCAUGCCAAUGAAAGGCAGCGGGAGAAAUUGCUGAACAUAUUCUGGAACCUGUGGCCACUGGUACCCACUUACGGCAGGAGAACAGCGCAGUUUGUGGACCUGCUGGGCUAUCUGACACUAAGUACCCGAAGUAUCACGGAUCGCCUGCCAGAGUUUGUCUCUCGGGCUGUGGAUGUUCUGCGGCAGCAGAACGAGCUGCUUUGCAAGCAUCCCAAUGCACCCAUAUACACCACCCUGGAGUCCAUUCUUCAAGUGAAUGGUUACUAUCUCGAAUCUGAGCCAUGUUUGGUGUGCAACAAUCCAGAGGUUCCGAUGGCCAACAUCAAACUGCCAUCAGUUAAGUCGGAUUCAAAGUACACAACAACCACUAUGAUUUACAAGCUGGUGCAAUGCCAUACGAUUUCCAAGUUGAUCGUGAGGAUCGCUGACCUCAAGCGAACAAAGAUGGUGAGGACCAUUAAUGUCUACUACAAUAACCGAAGCGUCCAGGCGGUGGUGGAGCUAAAGAAUCGUCCAGCACUGUGGCACAAAGCUCGCUCUGUAUCCCUGCAAUCCGCACAAACCGAAUUGAAGAUCGAUUUCCCACUGCCGAUCACGGCCUGCAAUUUGAUGAUCGAGUUUGCUGAUUUCUUUGAAACUGUCAGUGGAUCCAGUGAGAAUCUUCAGUGUCCCAGAUGCAGUGCAGCAGUGCCAGCGUAUCCAGGAGUCUGCGGAAAUUGCGGCGAGAAUGUGUUCCAGUGCCACAAAUGUCGGGCUAUCAACUACGACGAAAAGGAUCCGUUCCUGUGUCACUCGUGUGGCUUCUGCAAGUACGCCAAGUUCGAUUUCAGCAUGUAUGCCCGCGUUUGCUGCGCUGUCGAUCCCAUAGAAUCAGCAGAGGAUCGGGUGAAGACCGUUUCACUGAUACACAGCUCACUGGAGCGAGCGGAUAGAAUUUACCGUCAGUUGCUGACCAACAAGCAAAUGCUGGAGCUCCUUAUCCAGAAGGUUGCCGAGCACCGAAGCAGCGAUCGCAUGGUGGAGGACAACAUGGCCAGCGUACACAGCACCUCGCAGGUGAACAAGAUCAUACAGCUGCUGGCCCAGAAAUACUGCGUGGAAUCACGCACCAGUUUCGAGGAGCUAAGCAAGAUCGUCCAGAAGGUCAAGGCGUGUCGCAGCGAACUAGUGGCCUACGAUCGUCAACAGCUGGACCAGCCGCCGGUCAAUCCGGGCUCGACAUCCGAGAAUCCCACCACAAACCGCUGCUAUGGCUGCGCGCUGGCCUCCACCGAACAGUGUCUGACUCUUCUGCGGGCCAUGGCCUACAACUACGAUUGUCGGGUCGGUUUGUACAGCCAGGGACUCGUAAGCGAGCUGGCCGAGCACAACCUGCGACGAGGCACUCCACAGAUUCAGGAGGAGGUGCGCAACCUGUUGGUUGUCCUAACAAAAGAUAACGCCGAGGCAUGCAUGCACCUGCUGCAGUUGGUCACUGCGAGGGUUAAGAAUGCGCUAAUGGGAUCGAUUCCUCUGAUAAGCUUAGAGGCAGCUGUGCACCAGGAGAUGACCCUGCUGGAAGUUCUUUUGGGGCAGGACGAUGUCUGCUGGGAAUACAAAUUGAAGGUCAUCUUUGAGCUGUUUAUUAGCAACUGCAGGUUGCCUCGUGGUCCUGUGACCUCAGUGCUGCAUCCCUGUCUGCGCAUCAUGCAGAAUCUCAUCUGUCCGGUGCUGCCGAGCAGCAAGCCCAAUCAGAAGGUGGCCACAACGGAUCUGUGCAGUAUGAAGCUGCUCGAAGGCAAUACGGUGGACUACAGGGCGUGGCUCAACUCGGAUCGCAAUCAUGAGUACGCUGCCUGGAGCAGUCGGAUGCCGAGCAAUAGCCAGGCAAAGCAGAAGAACGCCAAAUCGGAGCAAAUUGGACCAGCAGCGGGAACAGCUUCUGUACCGGAAGCCCCUCCAAGAACCAGACGUGAGGUGCGGGCCGCCUUCCUGAGCGAGAAGUACGGAAAACGCUGGAGGGAGCGGGUGCUGGACAAGCACCGAGUGGUUAAGCCUCUCGUUUUCAAUGCCAAGUGGAUCCAACCGUUGCUAUUCAACGCAAACUCAAGAUUUGGCCGCCAGCUGGCCUGUUCCUUGCUUAGCAGCUUGAGCAGGACCAAUGAACGGAGGCAGCAAGCCUUGAAUAUGCUCACAUCUUUCUUGAAGCAUGUGGGCGAAGCGGGCGAGGCGAGUGCAGAGUAUCUAAUGCUGUACAAGAGCAUGGCCACCGAGCAACCUUGGCUACAGUAUUUAGUGCUAAAAGGAGUACUCAGCCAAAUCUCACAGCUGCUGGCUAUUGAAAUAAGCAAGGUGCAUCGCAUGGAGGAGCACUCACUCUCCUCAGACUUGUCAUUGGGCUAUGCCUUGCGGCAGUAUGUGGAGUUGUUGUGGUUACUGCUCGAGUGUCCAAAUAUCCGCAGGACCUACAAGACCCGCAUGCUUGGUCCCGUUUUGGAAAGUUAUCUUGCCCUGAGAAGCUUGGUGGUGCAACGGACGCGCUUGAUUGACGACGCUCAGGAGAAGCUGCUCGAGAUGCUAGAGGACAUGACCAGCGGCACCGAGGAGGAGACACGUGCCUUCAUGGAAAUCCUCAUCGACACGGUGGAGAAGACGCGCAUGAAUGACAUCAAAACGCCGGUGUUCAUCUUCGAGCGGUUGUACUCCAUCAUUCAUCCUGAGGAGCACGACGAGAGCGAGUUCUAUAUGACGUUGGAGAAGGAUCCCCAGCAGGAGGACUUCCUACAGGGCCGCAUGCUAGGUAAUCCCUAUCCCUCGAGUGAAAUGGGACUGGGUCCACUGAUGCGAGAUGUCAAAAAUAAGAUCUGCACGGACUGCGAACUUAUUGCCCUGCUGGAAGAUGACAACGGCAUGGAACUGCUGGUGAACAACAAGAUCAUUAGUCUGGAUUUGCCCGUCAAGGAUGUGUACAAAAAGGUUUGGUUAGCCGAAGGAGGCGACCGAGAUGCCAUGAGGAUCGUUUAUCGCAUGCGCGGUCUGCUGGGAGACGCCACAGAGGAGUUUGUGGAGACGCUGAACAACAAAAGCCAGGAGGCGGUGGACACCGAACAGUUGUAUCGCAUGGCUAACGUACUGGCCGAUUGCAACGGUCUUCGCGUCAUGUUGGACCGAAUUGGCAGUCUGCAGCGCAUCUCGCGCAACCGCGAGCUUAUCCAAGUGCUGCUCAAGCUGUUCCUGAUAUGCGUAAAGGUGCGCCGUUGCCAAGAGGUGCUCUGUCAGCCCGAAAUUGGAGCCAUCAACACGUUGCUGAAGGUGCUGCAAAUGUGCCUACAGUCGGAAAACGAUUCGAUCCAGUCGGCGGUCACCGAGCAGUUAUUGGAGAUCAUGGAGACGAUACUCUCGAAGGCGGCGAGCGAUACUUUGGACUCGUUCCUGCAGUUUUCGCUGACAUUUGGUGGGCCGGAGUAUGUAAGCGCCCUAAUAUCCUGCACUGACUGCCCGAACGUUAGAAACAAUCCUUCGGUGCUGCGUCAUCUCAUCCGAGUUCUGGCCGCUUUGGUUUAUGGCAACGAAGUAAAGAUGGCCCUGCUUUGCGAGCAUUUUAAGGACACCCUGAGCUUUAAACGCUUCGACAACGAGCGCACACCCGAAGAAGAGUUUAAGCUGGAACUCUUCUGCGUGCUGACCAACCAAAUCGAGCACAACUGCAUUGGCGGCACGCUCAAGGACUACAUAGUUAGCCUGGGCAUCGUAGAGCGAUCGCUAGCCUACAUCACCGAGCAUGCGCCUUGUGUCAAACCCACUCUCCUGCGAACCGAUUCCGAUGAGCUAAAGGAGUUUAUCUCGCGACCGAGCUUGAAGUACAUCCUGCGCUUCCUCACCGGCCUCUCGAAUCAUCAUGAGGCUACCCAGGUCGCCAUCAGCAAGGACAUUAUACCCAUCAUUCACCGCCUGGAGCAAGUAUCCAGUGAUGAGCAUGUGGGCAGUCUGGCUGAGAAUCUGCUGGAAGCGCUCUCCACCGAUUCGGCCACAGCAGCGAGGGUGCAACAAGUGCGUGAUUUUACCCGCGCGGAGAAGAAGCGACUGGCUAUGGCGACGCGAGAAAAACAACUUGAUGCCUUGGGAAUGCGGACGAAUGAGAAGGGUCAGGUGACGGCCAAGGGUUCCAUUCUGCAGAAGAUUGAAAAGCUACGCGACGAAACGGGCCUGACGUGCUUCAUCUGCCGCGAGGGCUACGCCUGCCAGCCGGACAAGGUGCUGGGCAUCUACACGUUCACCAAGCGCUGCAAUGUCGAGGAAUUCGAACUCAAGUCGAGGAAGACAAUUGGCUACACCACGGUAACGCACUUUAAUGUCGUUCACGUCGACUGUCACACAUCAGCCAUACGAUUGACGCGAGGCAGGGAUGAAUGGGAGCGGGCUAGCUUACAGAAUGCCAACACGAGAUGUAAUGGCUUGCUGCCUUUGUGGGGUCCCGCCGUUGGAGAGGCGGCCUUCUCUGCUUGCAUGACCCGCCACAGCAGCUACAUGCAGGAGAGCACCCAGCGCUGCGACAUAUCCUACACAAGCAGUGUGCACGACUUGAAGUUGCUGUUGGUGCGAUUUGCCUGGGAACGCAGCUUCCACGACGACGCCGGCGGAGGCGGUCCGCAGUCGAACAUGCACUUUGUACCCUACCUGCUCUUCUACUCCGUCUAUCUGCUGCUCUCUUCUCGAUCAGCGGCCAGGGACAGCAAAACUCUGCUUACCUAUUUGCAAGCAGCGCCCAGCGAGAAGUGGUUGGAGUGUGGCUACGAGGUGGAUGGUCCUCUAUACAUGGCAACCAUUUCGCUCUCACUGCACAGUCGAGAGCUGUGGAAUAAGCAUAAGCUGGCGCAUCUGAAGAGGAUGCUAGCAGUGGCUCAGGCCCGUCACAUCUCACCCUCGGUGUUGUGCAAGGCUCUGUUGGCACCGGCGGAUCGGCAGUCCAAGGAGUACAGUGUGUAUAAACCCUUCCUCAUGAUGUGGGCGCUGGUGGACUUGAUCUACAACAACCUGUUCAAGACGGUUAGCACGCCCAAGGAGGAGGAUUGGCCGAUUUCCCUGUUCGACUACCUGCGAAAGAAUGAUGAGGCUUUGCUAAAAUCCACGGACGGCAUCCUGCAGACCCUAACGGAUGAAUUCCUGCCGUGCACUUCCUUCGGAGAGUUCUGCGACGUAGCAGGUCUUCUGCAUCUCAUCGAGCAGCCGGACAGCUUUAUCGAGGAACUCCUCGCAGCCCUGCCUUCAACCACAAGCUCUAGUUAAAACACAAUCGUUGAGUCUAACAAACUAAACCGUAGAAUUCAAAGCAAUUGCUUGCUUAUAUAUAAACAUACAGCAUAAAUAUAUAUUUAUCACAUACAAAUAUUUAAUCAAUAAAAAUUAUUCGUUUGCACAAUGAAUUGA